CUCUAACAUGGUGGCAAAACCUUUAUUUAUUCCGAUUGGUGUAUAGCUGACGGACCGGCCUUUCCCAUAUCGCUAUUGGUGAAUCCUGUAAUCCUUCAUAAAUAGAGGCUUUGUGAUUGGAUAACAUCUCCUCAAGGCUCCCCUCGUUGACAGUGUUGUGACAGGAGGGGCAGAAAAGCUUUUUUUGGCAUGGAUUUCAUUGGACGCAUUUUCAGCACCGUUACUGCGGUGAGCAACCGGUUCUUGAACCCAUACAGGGUGCGGGAGGUGCCUCUCUCAGAGUAUGCGGGGUGCACCUGCCUCAGAGAGGAUGGGCGGUUAAUGCUGUACAGGAGCAAGUCAGGGCGGUCAUUUGACUGUAUUUUGGUGACGCCUCAAAAUCCUCAGCUUACUUAUUGCCUUUUUCAGCUGGAAUCAGAGGCCGAGGCUCUCCAGAGUUUCCACGAAUUUGCCAUCAAGCUGCGUCCAUUCUAUGAGAGUGCGCGUCAGGGGCUGAAGAUGGAGACGGUCCAGCAGCUGACCAACUGCCUGCGCAGCCACCCCAACUGGUCCUUGGCACACGUAGCAGUUGAGAUUGGUCUGCGGGAGAGCUUCAGGCACAAUGGAAUUCUAAGGAGUGUGAACAGCACAGAGUGUGAUGGGGGAAGCACCCCGCUGCACCUGGCUUGUAGGAAAGGGGAUAUCGGCUGUUUGCAGGAGCUGGUAGAGGAGUGCCAGGCACGGCAAGACAUACCUGACAGUAAUGGAGAAACCGUCUUCCACCAUGCAGCCCAGCAGAACAACCCGAAAGUCAUAGAGAUCCUCUGUUCUGUGCCUUCUGUGGGCAUUAACCACCUAAGUGGCCGCGGAGAGACUCCCCUGCAUGUGGCCUGCCGCAUGGGGAAGGCAGAGUCUGCCCUGGCACUCUUGCGCUGCCAUGCUCGAGCUGACACUAUUGGCAGGGAAGGAUACCCCAUCCACACAGCUAUGAAGUACUCACAGAAGGGGUGCGCAGAAGCCAUCUUGGAUUUUACUGCAAGCCAGUCUCGUGUAGAGGACCCACGGUAUUGUGCAACACCGCUGCACUGGGCAAAGACAGCAGAGAUGGCGCUCCUGCUGAUUGAACAUGGCUGUAAUGUGAAUUCGCUCAGUAAAACUGCAGAGACCCCUCUUCAUAUCAUGGUGAAAAGAGAUAGGUUUGAGUGCGCUAUGGUGCUCCUGACUCAUGGUGCAGAUCCCAACACCAAGGGCGAGCACGGGAACACGCCGCUGCACCUCGCCAUGAAGAAGGAUCACCUUGAGCUGAUUAAAGCCCUCAUGGUUUUUGGGGCAGAUGUGGAGCUUCCCAAUGACUUCGGAGAGACACCAGGAUUAAUUGCAGCCAGAAGCAGCAAAGGCUCCAACCGCCAGGUGUUGCUCAACAUGCUUUGUAGCGUAGGAGCAGAGCGCUGUAUCCCCCCCAGCACACAGCUCUCGCCAACCAUCUCCUCCCCUGCCAGAGCACCUCCUACGGAAAAAGCUAGAGGCAUAGGUUUUCAGGACCUGGUUUAUGUCUCGACGGCGCUGAGCAGCAUGUUGGUGUCUAAUGACAGCGUGGAUUUUACAGGAGAUGGUUUCAGACAGCGGGACCGACUCCUUUGUCUAGAUGGAGGAGGAAUCCGAGGGCUGGUGCUUAUUCAGCUCUUGAUCGCCAUUGAGAAAGCUGCCGGCCGGCCCAUCAGGGAACUUUUUGACUGGGUCUCAGGGACUAGCACUGGAGGGAUCUUGGCCUUGGCCAUUGUGCAUGGGAAAUCUAUGGAAUAUCUGCGCUGUCUUUAUUUCCGUAUGAAGAAUGAGGUUUUCCGGGGUUCCCGUCCAUAUGAAUCCGACCCACUGGAGGUUUUCUUGAAGAAAGAAUUUGGGGAGCAAACUAAAAUGUCAGAUGUCAGGACGCCCAAGGUACUGGUGACCGGCACCUUGUCAGACAGACACCCAGCUGAGCUCCACCUCUUCCGAAACUAUGAAGCCCCAGAGACCGGCCGCGACCCUCCCUUUAAACGGGUUGCUAGCUUCCGCCCUAUAACAAGUCCGGAUGGAGAUGAGGAGGGAGAGGGAGGAGAGCUGUGCUGGGAAGAGCAGUUAGUGUGGCGAGCAGCCCGUUCCAGUGGCGCAGCCCCAACCUACUUUCGUCCAAUGGGACGAUUCUUGGACGGAGGUCUGCUUUCAAAUAAUCCUACUCUGGACGCCAUGACAGAGAUUCACGAUUACAACACCUGCAUGAAGCUCCAGGGGAAGGUGGCACAGGUGAAGAAGUUGGGUAUAGUGGUCUCAUUGGGUACAGGGAAGCCCCCACAGAUCACAGUCAGCUCCGUGGAUGUAUUUAGACCUUCCAAUCCCUGGGAGGUGAUGAAGACCAUGGUGGGAGCAAGAGAGCUUGGCAAGAUGGUUGUAGACUGUUGUACAGAUUCAGAUGGUCCUGCAGUGAACCGAGCACGUGCUUGGUGCGACAUGAUAGAUGUCCCCUACUUCAGACUUAGCCCACAGCUUGAGACCGACGUCAUGUUAGAUGAAGUUAGUGAUGCGGUGCUGGUGAAUAUGUUGUGGGACACUCAGAUCUACAUCUACCAGCAGAGGGAGGUAAUACAGAAGCUGGCAAAGAUACUGCUGGAGCCCUAGGUAACUUCUUGGUGAGCCUUCCAGGGAAAUAUUCCUGACAAUGCACCUCUUGGUGUCAGACCUGAAUGCCUGGUCUCCUAGGGAUCUCUUCACUGCCUGUAACCAUGAUGGUAGAUUACAUGGACCAAACUAUCUACAGUGAAUCACGGAGAGUCUUUUAGAGCCUUAUUGAACACAUCCUCACUAGAACCCAUGCUUUGGAAUCAUGAACAUUUGCUCUUGCUUUACUGAGGUCCAACAGGAGACAUCUGAUAAUUGUUAAACUGGACCAUCCCCUGAUUCCUAGAGGUUCAGUCCGUCUUGACUGUCAUACUGAGAGUGGCAGGCCCAACUCAGACUUGAAGCAAUUAAAUAUUUUUUUAAUUUAAUAUAUAUAAAAAUUAACAUUAAUUAACUGUGGAUAAUGCUGCUCUGGUUCUGAAGACAUGCACUGAUCAUGCAUUAAUACGUUGGCUUAAAUACCAUUAUUAAUGUCUGAACAGUAGUGGAUCUAUCCGUUUUUAUCUUGUGUGCUGCUGUAUGGAUGAUGUGUAGGUUCAUUUAUCAACCAAUAUAAUAAAAUUACACAAAAACA